GUUUUUCUUGCUGUAAUCAUUCCUCCUGUUCAUACAGACCGUUAGAAGAUCCUUCAUAAUGACCUUACAAUGGAAGAAAAAUGGUGAACCCGUCCUUUUAAGAGCUUUAAGAGUUUCUUUUCUCUAUGUUGACAUUCCAGCUGACAUCACUAUACAUGCAAUAAAUGGUUUUAAUUGUGGAACUUCUUGUGGUUGGUUACUCUUUUUUUUACAUGAUUUAUAUAAAAAAAACCCAGAUGUAAUCACUGUUGGAAAAACCUGGUAAAAACAGCACAUAAAUAUAAUUUACGAACUCAAAAGAAAAGUGACUGAAAGAAUAGAAACAUUUAGUUUAAUUGAGGUGAAAUAGUCCUUUAAUAAGAUCCUGUGAUUCUUAUUAUUUUAUUUGUGUUUUCUGUAUCGGACGCUGUGUCGCUUCGGGCAGGCUCGUGUUCUCUCGGUAGUUUCCGGCCGCUGUGUGUCGCUUCGGGCAGGCUCGUGUUCUUUCGGUAGUUUCCGGCCGCUGUGUGUCGCUUCGGGCAGGCUCGUGUUCUUUCGGUAGUUUCCGGCCGCUGUGUGUCGCUUCGGGCAGGCUCGUGUUCUUUCGGUAGUUUCCGGCCGCUGUGUGUCGCUUCGGGCGGGCUCGUGUUCUCUCGGCAGUUUCCGGCGCAUCUCUUUCUUGAUGAAAAACAAACCGUCGGGCGGCCUUCGUCUCUCCGGCCUUUUUCUCCUGAUUCUCCUUUGACGUUUCCGUCAGUUUCGGAGACAAUAUUGUGGAUUUAACGGUUCACCGUGAACAGGCUCCGUGCUGUCGGUUGCUGUCGGUUGCUCUCCGGCUGUCCCGCGGCUGCUCGGUCAUAUUCGGCUCUUGUCGUUCGGCGGAAGAAUGGACGAAGCGGACUCGGCCACGAAGGCGCUCGGGCUGGAUGAGACGCCCAUCGGCGGGCCGUCGGUGGAGGGAGUGGGCUCGGAUACCGAGUCGGAGGCCGAAGUCACCACGAUGGCCGUGAUGGCGGAACCGGGAAACAUCGACAUGGGAGCCGAGUCCCUGCCGAACCCAGACGAGGCCGAGGCGGCGUUUGCAGAGGUGACGGCGGUAACCGUGGGCGACGUUCAGGCUGCAGACGACAACGUUUUCACCACCACAGUCGCCACGUCAGGAAGCCUCCCUGAACACGUGCUGAGUGGCAGGACCACCCUCCAGCUGGGUGAAGGUCUCAGUACCCAGAAGGCCACUCUGAUCGUGGUUCACACCGACGCCAGCAUCGUGGAGGCUGCGGGUCUCAAGUCCACCGCCUCCAUCACACCAGGCCCACAGACGCCACCCACCCCGCUGACUCCUCCCCAGGACAAAGACUCCUGCUCCAAGUACAACUGGGACCCUUCGGUCUACAACAACGAGCUGCCGGUCCGCUGCAGGAACACCAGCGGAGUCCUUUACAAGAACCGGCUUGGAUCAGGGGGCAAAGGUCGCUGCAUCAAACACGGCCAGCAGUGGUUGACUCCCACAGAGUUUGAAGGUCUGGCAGGAAGAGCGAGCAGCAAAGACUGGAAGAGAAGCAUCAGAUACGCAGGGAGACCUCUGCUCUGCCUCAUCCAGGAGCGUAUCCUGAACCCUCACGCCGCUUCCUGUACCUGCGCCGCCUGCUGUGACGACCUGACAGCGUGUUCAAAGGACGGAGAAACUCUGGCGGCAGAAAACAUCAGCAUGACCGGUCCGGUCCGCCUCUUCGUCCCCUACAAGAGACGGAAGAAGGACCUGGAGCCUCCACUCGUUCCCGCUAAAAAGGAACUUCCUGCCGCCAAAAACAUCACGCUGACCCCGGGUACCACAUUCACAGUGUCCCCGUCAGGACAGAUCACCACCUCCGGCACCUUGACGUUCGACCGCACGCCGGCGGGCGACGCCGCCACCGCCGCGGCCGCCGCUGCCAUCAUCUCAGAGGGCUCAGCGCAGAGCGAGGUGUUUGCCAGCACCGCAGUGCUGACGGCGUUGCCGGCGUUGGCCGUGUCUCCGCAGCCCGUUCAGGCCAAGAUGGCGGUAGCGGCGGCGGCGGCGGCUCCGUCCGCAGGGCUGGUCAGCGGGCUGGAGAUGGGGCCCGUGGGGGGGGUGGGGCCCGUGGUGAACGAGGGGCAGAAGAACACCUGGCUGUACCUGGAGGAGCUCGCCAACACGCUGCUGAGCAACGUCCAACAGCUGAAAGCUCUGAUCGAACAGGCCAAACACACCGCCGGAGACGCCGCAGGGGUCAAAGGUCAGGGAGGCCGCAAGGAGUGUGGUCUCAGUCAGUCGUUUCAGAGUCAGAUCUCUUUCCAGCCGUCCGACGACUCCGACGCCAAGAGGAGCUCUGACAUCACCGAGAUCAUCAUCAACCAGAUGUGUGUGAACUGCGGUCGGGUGGCGAUGAGCGAGUGCACCGGCUGCCACAAGGUCAACUACUGCUCCACGUUCUGCCAGAGGAAGGACUGGAAGGAUCAUCAGCACACCUGCUGUCAGUCAGGAGGGGGCGUGGCCGUCCAGGAGGAGGAGCCAAUCACAGCCAUCGACAUGGACAAGGUGAAGUGAAGGUCGGUGGAUCUGUCAGCGAGGUCAUCGCCGCCGCCGCCAGCCGCUGCAGACAGGAAGUCCUGGUGCAGGUUUAUUCUGAACACAGCUGCAUGAGAAGAAGCUCAGCGGUCUUCUGCUGAGAGCUGGACCUUUUUAGCGGUGAGAAAACGGCUCUGACUUUGUGUCCGCGGAGAGAAGUCGAAGGUUUUUUUUCCUGCUCACUUCAAUGCAGCAGCACCUAGUGGACAUGAAAGGGAACUGCAGCUCCAGACGGAUCACGCUCAACUGAACAGAAUCAAUAUUUCAAUAUAUUAUGACGUCACACGGUGAAAAGGUUUAAAGCUUCAACUUAUCCAUCAGUUCAUUGUUUUGAUUUUUUCAUCUCUCUGUUGGUUUGUUGCUCUUCAUAAACAGAUUUAAUCCUCCGCAGACCAUCAUGAUUAAAUAUCAAUCAAUCAUCAAUAAAAUAAAAAAGUGAUCACUUUAAA